ACCAUAUUUAAUAAUAAAUGGCUAAAUGAGUCUGAAGGAAGACGCACAGCCAAAUCAUUUCACCACACAGAAACACACCAAUCACCACAUAAUCAAAAGCACCACACUGAUACGUUACAUUCACCUCAUCACGAGAGAGAACACCACACACACACACACAAACAUACACAUACAUCAACAUGAUGACACCACUCAGCACAAAAGUUCAACAAAAAGGAACGAGAAAGGAUCUCGCGCCACCUUUCGUAGAUAUCAGCCGAUCGCUCAGCAUCUCCCGGUUUCCUUUAAACGUUUUAGAUUUUGUUAUACCACGUUUAAUAUUUAAUAUAACCAUUCAUCUCAACAUUUGUUAAAAUAUAUAUAUAAAUUCUUCAAAUUAUAUAGAUUGAACUAAAUAAAUAUUGUUAUAAUUCUUACCGAAUUGAGUGCGUUUCGCUUUUCUUUAAAGAAGGUGACAUAAGGUUACAGGAAAAUAAGGUGAGAAUAUUGUUCAUGGUCCUUCGAGCCACAAAGAAAGGCACUGUGGCUAAAUAAAUAUAAAAAAAUUAAUAUACAUAUAUGUGAAAAAGUGUUUAAUAAAAUAAUAAAAAUUAUACAAGUGACAAACAAAAUCAAACAAAAAAGAAAACCAAACAACAAAAUUGUGCCAAAAACCGGUUUCGCGAAACAGCAAGUGCAGUGACCUAUAUUAUUUAAGGUACAUACAGUAUAUACAUAUGUAUAUAGUAUACACUGUGCUACAAAAAGGUACAGAUAUAAAUAAAAUAAAAUAUUUACCAAAUAAAGAAAUGUGCAGUGCAAAUAUUCAAAACAUACAUAUUUAAAUAUAACUAAAUUUUAUAAAAACAAAAAAAAUAGUAAUAAAUAAAAUAAAAAAAAUUUACAAAAAUAAUUAAAAUCUGUAAAGUUAUAUUGUUCUGCGACCUUUUACAUACAAAUACAAAACAACAAAAAUAUAAUAAAAAUACAUAUAUGUUUAAUGCUGUGAAAAAAACAAACAAAAAAAUUACAUAGAUGUUAAACAAAAUAAAAUUCAAACGCGCGCGAAACUAAAAUUUAAAACAGAAAUCGGGCGCGUUCUAACUAUAAAAUGAAAACUAUAAAAACACCAAAAAUUUAAAAUAUAAAUCGGGCGCGAAAUAAUUAGAAAAAUAUAAUCACACAAUAAAGCAACGAAGUCAUAUUGAAACAAUCUACAAAGGAGGAAACGGGAGCAAGAGGACACUAAACAAAGGAGGAAAUUAGGAAAGAACAUUAAACACAGGAGGAAAUUGGAGUAGAGGAUCACUAAACACAGGAGGAAACUAAAACAAAGCAGGGGAUAAUAACUACAAAAUUAUCCAAUUUUACAUACGUAUUCUCCCAAAAACCCCUUGAGGCGAGACAAAAGCAAUAUGGACGUAGAAAUGGCAUCACCAUCAACGCCAACCAUGCGUUCGGUUGUUCCCGCUCCGCGCCCUGGAACUGCCCCAAUCGCAGCACGCCGGACCACCAUUCCAACCGCCGUGCCUCAACCAACAACAGGCACCACCGCGCCAACGGCCCCGGGCAAUAGCAUGGCAUCAACACCAGCAUCACCCGCACUAACAGCGGAUUUGCAGCGCAUUCGAUGCCCAUUGUGUCGACGCCCGCAUCGACUAUCGCACUGCGGCAUAUUCAAAGGCAUGCCACCGAUGCAACGCCAGCAGGUUGCACAGGCACACGGGUAUUGCCUGAAUUGUCUGGCAACUUCUCACGCAACGCAGGAGUGUUCAUCGAACAAUCGUUGCCAAAUCUGUGUGCGGUCGCAUCACACCCUGCUGCACCGCACUAACAGACGCGACGCUGGGCGACAAGCGGCUCCUCGCAGCAGUGGUAACCACCGGCGUUCUCAAAGAACUGUGAUGACGAAAUACCGCCGGCGCGGACCGCCUUCGGUAGAAUCCCGUCACUGGCAACAUCGUGCCACAUCAGCACGACGUCAGCAGCCUAGGCCGCACUCCCACCGGUCAACAGGCCUCAGCAGCGUCGUAGCCACGCUACAGCAGCUACAGCGGCUUCUAGGCUAAAUAUUCGCCUAGGGGGGCCGGGAUGGCUAAAUGAGUCUGAAGGAAGACGCACAGCCAAAUCAUUUCACCACACAGAAACACACCAAUCACCACAUAAUCAAAAGCAC